CUCGGAAAUUCAGGAAGAUAAAAGUAAAUGAUGCGUGAGCGUUUUUCGUGGAAAACUUUGUUUACAAUACAACAGACUUUUGUGUACGACUAACUGCUACUCUUCGAAGCAGUACGAGCCAAGAUGAGUCUGACGGUGACAAUCCACGAGGGUGAACUUAGGCAGAUUAAGCAACACAUUGCAGAAAAACGGAUUGAGAGCGGACAUCUGUUUGGUCUGUGGACUCAUUCUAAUCAGCCAGUCGUGCAGUAUAUCACUGGUAGUCUUAAGGACGAAGAUGAAGAAGAGUUGUUCAAACCCCAUGCUCUUCGACGCGUUGGGAUAUGGAGCACAAACGAAUCUGGCGGUGUAAACCUAGGUGAAGGAAAGCCCUGCUUUGUUUAUAUGAAGGUUGAUGUGGACAACGAAACACUGCACGUGAAGCAAAUUUGUGUCGUUGAAAAGGAAGCUUCAUUGAAGGGAAUACUCGAGGUACUGCCGGAGGACAGCGCUUUCCGCCUCAGUAAUCCUUUCAGUGGAACACAAGAGAAAUAUCACAAUGAUCCGGUAAAGGGCGAGUUUCGCUGGACUUCAACUUCAUCGCAACAGGCCGAAACAAAAAGAGAGCAGUGGUACUCGGUGAAAGAAGGCAUGGACCUUUUUGGAAAGAUCCAUGGCGCUCUCCAGGGGAAAUUUCAAGUAACUGGUACAAGCAGAGACAAAGAGACCCACGAUCUAUGCGUUGCACUAAGGUUUGCACAACGAGAUUUUGCAAUAGAAUUUCCAGCUAAUUUUCCUGAUGGUGAGGCCACAUUGAGUACUGGAAACAAAGAUAUUCCGAUCUCGUUGGGAAAACCAGUCAAGGAAAAAGGAAACUUUAACGAUUCGAAAGCUGGUGAAAAGGAAGAUGACAAGGCAGAUCAUACAGAUGAUGUAGCACCUGACGAUAACCGAUCUAAAGAGGCUGCAUCAGAGCAAAGUCAGCAGCCCGGGAAGCAUCCGGAUGAUAACGAAAUUGCACAGCUGUUAGUCCAAGGAAUACUAAAAAUAAUUCAGCCAAAGAAUAGGGAGAAAGGAUCCUCGGUCUAAAAUGGAAAGGAAGCACAGUGAUGUCUUUUGUGAUAGCUUUCAGUUUUAUUUUUGCGACAGGAAAUAUUAUAAAUUUCUCUCCUUUCGUAUGAGUUUUCUCGUUCAUCUACUGCCUAGAAUAAUCACGAACAAAAGAUUGUAUUCUCUUGUCAUGAUCAAUAAACCCUAUUUCACACUAAAGCAUAAGGUAUCCGAUGUGGUAGGCACGCUUACAGCGGUAUGAAUAAGGGGUGUCGAUUUCCGUAAUCUGUUUUUGUUUAAUGAACACUGAUAACCGAUAGUAGUUUGACAGUUAAAUUUUGGUCAAGUUUCAGCAACAACUGUUGAUAUACUGGUAGUCCUGAAAAAACAUUUUUUUAGACACAAUAUAAUUGUUCUUAAGAUCUAUUACAACAAACAAUCUCACGAGACGCCAGAGAAUGUAAACUGGCCAAGAAUUUUAACAACUUGAAGUGUAAUCCGCCAAAAUCAAUCGAGAACACACGAAAACAAUACAAUCAAGAAUGUAAUCAGCUAAUGCUUUACAACACAGCUCUCUUCCAGCAUAAACUGCAACGCUAAAGGAUUAUGGGUAAUGUCAUCAAAAGUCUUCAUUUUGAAUCAUUAAAUAUAUUCCUUCAAGAUCGAUUGGCUGCAAAGAACAAGGGACCUGCAUUACUUAUCGCCUUGUGGAGGGGGGGGGGGGGGGUUGGAGUAUUUUGGCUGUGUCACGAUAAAUUUUUACUCGACUUCCCCUACCCCCUCUCCCAAUAAAGCUAAUUAAUGUUCCUAUGAUCCUUUAAAAAAGGCGACAGGAAAUAGCAGUUUGACAUAAGAGUGGUAGUUAAAUAUAUUCAAUUGAAAGACUGAUUAUAGUCAAGAUCUUAUAGUAACAACAGGUGGAAGUUGAUAAGAUUAAUGAAAGGAAUCAACAGUUAGUACGGCUGAUAAUUCAAGAAAACAACGUUUGAAUUUUUCUCCAACUUAGAAAUGGAGAAAGGCGGAAGAUAAAAGUGAAAAUAACAUAAUUCAAAUUUCUCCUUCCAGUUAUCUUCUUGU